CACAAACAGAGGUGUCUCAGAUGUGACUUUGCCUGUGAGAAACAGAUAUCUGAAAAAUCCUGUCCUGAAAUAAGCGUCUGUUUUACGAACGAUUAAAAAAAGGUUUAAAAACAGACGAACAACUCACCUGACUGCAGAUGGCUGGUCUCUGGUGGAUCACUGUGACGAUGAUCUUCUGUCUGCCUGCUGGAAGUCUGGCUGAAAUAGACUUAGAACAGCUCGCAGGACUUGCAAAUCAGAUAAGGACAAAUAUCCGAAACGGGUACGACAUAAAACCAAUGUAUGCUGUGGCUGCAAGGAUUCCGAAGGAUGGAAACAGAAUCUCUUAUGACCUGAGAAGGGUGAUGCCAAACCAACAGACACAAUGGAAUGACGGCAUCCUCAGCACUCCUAGACUUGUGGUAGCCCAAAUAAAACGUGUAACCACUGAGCAAGGAAUUCAAUAUACUGAACAUGCUGAGUGGCGUGUUCUGCAGAAUCUGCAAAGUCUUGUAGAUAACGAUGGUGAUUUGUUGGUCUUCUUCUCUCGUGCCACUCCAUGUUAUGAAAAGUGUGCAAAUCCUAAUGGAAACUUCAGGAUCACUGAUAGGCUCAGAUGUCUCUUUAAUGGACAUGAGUGGGGUGAAAAGGCGUUUGUGUUUAAUGCUUUAUUCAAGCCACAUGGGGGGAACAUUAAUUCAAACAGGAUUAGUGUGGCCCUGAGAAAUAUUGGGAACUCCAUUGGUCGCGAAAACAUAUUUCGCUGUUACAAGCCUGAUAAUGGUCAUUUCCAUUGCAUCAAAUGCUUCAGUAGUAAUCAGAUUGACCCAAACUGUAUCUCAUAAUGCAGCAACUCAUUUAUGCAAGAAGGAACAUUAAAAAAAAAUAAGUGAAUAAACAAAUGUUUUAGAAGCCGAAGUCUCCACUCGUUCACUUUCUUUCUCUAACAUGGAAUUUACUGUCUGAGUGAUGACUCAGUCAUUUACAAUCCAGCUAGGUAUUUAUUUAUCUUUGCUAACUGAUACAAACCAUAAAUCGCUGUUUUUAUUCUCAUUUUUAAAAUAAUGCAGCUCAGUUUAAAGGGAAUUGCCCUAAAACCUCUGACGAUAAUCGUGCUGAAACUGAUUUGACUGUAACAAAUUUAUAUGGAAUGACUCGAAUCGAAUUGAAUUUUACUGCUUAAACAGGAAGAGCCAUAAAUCCCAGUGAACCUGGAGAGCACCAUUUAUGUGUUUUUUCACUCACUGUUCAUGUUUAUUUGAAUCCCCGAGGAUUAGAGCAA